AUGCGUCUGUUUAGACUGCUGGCGCUCACAGCGCUCACCCUGACGGCCGGGGUCUCCGCUAAAAAGGUUGCCACGACGAACAAAUUCGACACCUACUUUGCCAAACAGGCCUCCUCCGCACCUUUCGAACUCGACGAGAAAAGCUACUAUGAAUUGACAGCCUCGCCGCGGGACUACUCUCUGGCUGUCCUGCUGACUGCUCGAGAUGCCAAAUAUGCUUGCGGGAUCUGUCGAGAGUUCGAUCCGGAAUGGAGUAUCCUGGGGAAAAGCUGGCAGAAGGGCGAUCGUAAUGGGGACAAGAGGUUGCUUCUGAGCACCAUUGACUUCGAUCAGGGCAGAAACGUCUUCAUGAAGCUCCAACUUCAAACCGCUCCUGUCCUCCUCUUCUUCCCCCCUACCGUCGGCGAGCAUGCCAAACCUGAAGGUCCACCCCUCCGACUCGAUUUCCUCGGUCCUCAAUCGGCUGAAGGUGUCUAUGGCUGGCUCCAACGCCAUCUCCCUCCUGGCAAUUAUCCUCCCAUCGUCCGACCCAUCAACUAUGCAAGAAUUGGCGCGUUCCUGACCAUUACCUUGGGCCUGUUCACAUUCAUUACUGUCGCUUAUCCCUACCUGAUGCCAAUCAUUCAGAACCGCAACUUGUGGGCGGGUAUCAGCUUGAUUAUGAUCUUGCUCUUUACUAGUGGCCAUAUGUUCAAUCAUAUUCGCAGGGUUCCCUAUGUUGCUGGAAACGGACGUGGAGGAAUCAGUUACUUCGCUGGCGGGUUUCAGAACCAGUAUGGGAUGGAGACACAAAUUGUGGCUGCAAUGUAUGCACUCCUCGCCUUUGCAACGAUCAAUCUAGCUUUGCGAGUGCCGCGGAUAAAGGACCCCAAGACCCAGCAAGCGGCGGUCAUCAUCUGGGCCGCGAUCCUUUUCGGGAUGUAUAGCUUUUUGAUGAGUGUCUUUCGGGUCAAGAAUGGAGGAUAUCCGUUCUGGUUGCCACCAUUCUGA